AUUAUCUGUGACAAAAUCAAUAAAUAAAAUUAAUUUGAAAUACCUAUAAAAAAUUGAGGUCUGCAUAUGCAUAGAUGUAAACAGUGAAUGAAUGAUAUGUUGUUUUCAUUGAUAUAAAAUAUACAAGUGUAUGUUAAAUGUGAUUUUAUACAUGUAUGUGCGGAACUGUUUAAAUCUCAAUAUUGUUACACAAAAGUUAAACGAAUGCUAAUUAUAGGGAUUUAAUACGGCGAAUUAAAGAAAGUAUUAAAAGUCAUUGAAACAAAAAGAAAAACUAAGAAAGGUUUAUUUUAGACAUGAAACCAUACCGUUAAUACACCGAAACUCGUUAUGGUUGUGAAAUUCUAAGUUUUAAGUGCUGAGGGGAUUUCAGUUGGCAUAUUGUAUCAUAAUGUAAAACAAAUAUUAAGUUUGAGGGAUUUGCGUCAGAAAAUAGAUUUAAAAAAUCAGAUAUUAUAUUAGGCAAGAAUAUAAUGCGGGUGUCUAUAUUAAGUUUCAAAAUCAAAGCACGCUGAAGAUUUAGUUAUUUUAAAAUUCCAACGCUGGAUAAACUUGAACUUAAAAUUGUGGUCAUAGUUACGAUGCUGAGGCUGAAAUUGAAGAAACUUGUUUUAUUGGUGGUACUAACAUUUUUGCUGACAGUGACAACAUAUCUACGAUACCAGAUGUUUUUAGAAGCCAACAACGUCAAGCCGGAAGUUGUUGUGCCUUUGCCAAGACCAAGGAUCGUUUUAAACAAGGCGGAUGAAAUGAAAGAACGUAUAGCACAUAUGCACCGUUUUUGUUCCCAGUACCCCAAAAGACGUCGAUUAGUAGCUAUGUUAAAAACAAAUGUAUUUUAUAUUUCUGAAAAAUACAAACUUAGUUAUUGCCGCGUCGCAAAGGUAGGAAGCACGUUCUGGACGCAAGUAUUUAUGACGCUCGCAGGGAUAAAGCCACAAGAUGGACAAUCAUUGUUUAAUGUUCCAAGGGAUGAAUCACAUGAUCAAAUCAAAGAACAUGAAGAAUUGACGAUGGAUCUGAAGGAUGAUCGGAUAAACAACUUCACGAGUUUUAUGGUUGCAAGAAACCCGUAUUCGAGAUUGUUUUCGUCAUAUAUAGAUCAAAUAUUCUUGCCAAAUAAGUGGUAUGUGGCAUCCUUCAUGAUUUUUGGAACUGAAAAAGGAAGCCGAAAAAGAUGCGGAAAUGACGUCACUUUUGACGAAUUUCUGCGAACAGUUUCAAGAAAUACGAUAAGACGAAUGCCCAAUGACUUGCACUGGGCACCGAUAUUUUCAAUAUGUUUACCUUGUGAUACAAAAAUAGAUAUGUUAGCAAAGCACGAAACAUUUAAUGAGGAUGCGGAAUAUAUCUUAAACGUGACAGGCGUUGAGCAGACGACAAGAGACGAAGUUGAUCGUGUUUUAAAGGAAAACUAUAUCAGUCAUUCUUUGUCUACAUUGGUUCAUACAUACGUCACAAAAGCACAUGAUCGUACGCAGAUACGUAAAGGGUGCAUAACUGAAAUACAAAUAGCAGAAAGAAUAUGGAAAGCAUUUCAAAUUCAAGGUUAUAUUCAUAAUGACUUGCACUUUCCGGCAGCUGAGUUUAAAAGUUCCUCAGCGUCUGAAACUGAAAAAUCUUUAACAAAGCUCGUUUCAGAGGCAUCUGAAUUGCGACCUCUGACGUCACAAGAAAGAAAUACUCAGAGACAUAACUGGCAAAUAUAUUACUGGAAGACAGUAACACCGGAAGUACUAUUAAAAGUUCAGGACGCUUACUACGAAGACUUUCUUCUAUUUAACUAUGAUUUUGACCCAAAUACAAUGUGAUACCUUAACCUAUAUGGAUACUAUGAUAGUAUAAAAAUAAUCAAAAUUUGGAAAAAAA